GAACGGUUUCAUUGACGCGCGCUUGAAUAGAAAAUGGCGUAACGUAAACGUUUGCAUCGAGAAAUUUCCACAAGCGUCUUUUCAUUGCAGAUUGAAAUAAUAAAAAUAUAAAGUUAAAAAAGGAUUUAAAUGUAAAAGAUGGGGCGAAGCAGGAGCAGAUCACCUUCCCGACGAGAGAGACGCCGCUCGCGCUCGUCUUCCAGGGACCGCGAGCGCAGGCGCAGGGAGAGGGAACGGGAGCGUGAGCGCUCGCGGUCUCGAGACAGGGACCGGCGUAGGAGCCGCUCGCGCUCACCGCACAGGCGGCGAUCCAGGUCUCCACGGCGACACCGUUCAUCCUCACAGUCUCCGCUCAGGCAGAAGGACCGACGAGACGAGGAGCGGAAGGAGGUGAAGGAGAAGCCUGCGAAGGUCCAUCAGAUAUCCGCGGAGGACAUGCAGGGUAAAACAGAAGAAGAGAUCGAGAUGAUGAAGCUGAUGGGUUUCGGUUCCUUCGACACCACGAAGGGUAAGAAGGUGGACGGUUCUGUUAACGCGCACGCCAUCAACGUCACUCAGAAGAGGAAAUACAGGCAAUACAUGAACAGGAAAGGUGGCUUCAACAGACCUCUGGACUUUAUCGCUUGAUCAAGGACGGCGCUCGAGGACUUGAACUUCUUGGCUUUUGCUCCUCGAGUGCUGUGUUUGCAUUCAUCGAGUGUAUAUUUUAAUUUUUGUUUAUUUGUAUUGUUAAUACCACAUGCCUAAAUAUCUGUUUAUAUAUAUUUAGUGUAUAUAUACCCAUGAACCUCCUGACUUUCAAUAAAAUUUGUCAUUUGA